UGUGUUUCCUCCUCAGCCGCAGCUAUGAAAGUAAGACCGAACCGUCUUAUCCAUUUCUCUCUCCCACUCUCUCUCUCAAUCCUCAGAAUCCUCAGAAUCCUGGUUCGAAGAAAGGACAUGUCCGCCUGCAUUUGAUACAAGUAGCAAAUGGCAUGCCUUCUCCCUCAAUUCUUCAAGUGUCCGUCUGACACUGCCACCCUUCAUUUCAGGGCACCACCCCUUCAUCUGAAAGCCAGAGAGCCUGUUUGUUUCCGGCAAUGUGUGUCAUCAUCAACAACAGCAGUGAUUGGUGUAGAUAAUCUGAGGCUCCCUUCUUUGGAAGAUCAGUCAACUUCAUCAGCAGCUGUUAGACCCUUGACAUAUCUAGGAGCCAUUGGUCCUCCUGCAAAGUCUACUUUUGAGGCCACGUUGGCUUCGGAGUUACUUAUCACUGGUGAAGAGGCUGUAAUAGCAGCAGCUGCUGCUGAAGCAGUUGCUCUUGCUAAAGCAGCAGUUGAAGUAGCCAAAGAUGCAGCUCUGUUUGCCGGAACAAGCCCAUCGUUGAAGUCUGAGAAGCCAGAGGAUUUUCCAUCUGAAGCUGACAUUCUGCGACUUGAGAGGGCAAGACUCACAGAAUUGGCACGAGUUGUCACAACAGGCCAUUCCACCCCAGCUGACACUCAACCAGAGGAAGAAAAUGUUGCCCAACUUUCCACUAAAGAUACUGAAAAAUCUAAUCCAACAGAUAAUGAACUUGAACUCCUACAGAUGCAGCUCUCAGAGAGCAUAGCUGUGAGGUCUGAGCGUCAAACUGAAAGAAGAGCUAGAAGAGAAAGGGCAGCAGAGAAGGCUGCUGCAACUGUUAUCUCUGUGAAGUCUGGAUCCACUCCCCGGAAAAAGCGGUCUUCCAUACAAGAUAUAGAUUAUUCUGACCCCUUACGCUACUUGAGGGGGACUACAAGCACUGCAAGGCUUCUCACAGCUACCGAAGAGCUCGAGUUGUCAGAAGGAAUACAGGACCUAUUAAAGCUGGAAAAACUCCAGGAGGAGCUUGCAGAAAGAUAUGGAGGCCAACCCACCUUUGCUCAAUGGGCGGCGGCAGCUGGAAUUGAUCAAAAGACCCUAAGGAAGCGCUUAAAUUAUGGCAUCCGUUGCAAAGACAAAAUGAUCAAAAGUAACAUACGGCUUGUUAUUUCUAUUGCAAAAAAUUAUCAGGGGGCUGGGAUGAACCUCCAAGAUCUAGUUCAGGAAGGAUGUCGAGGCCUGGUAAGGGGUUCUGAAAAAUUUGAUGCAUCAAAGGGUUUCAAGUUCUCAACCUACGCACACUGGUGGAUUAAACAAGCAGUUAGAAAGUCUCUUUCUGAUCAAUCCAGGACAAUCCGAUUACCAUUUCACAUGGUUGAGGCAACCUAUCGAGUAAGGGAGGCUAGAAAGCAGUUGUACAGUGAGAAUGGAAGACAUCCCGAUAAUGAAGAAGUUGCGGAGGCAACUGGGUUGUCUAUGAAGAGGCUUACCGCGGUGCUACUAACCCCCAAAGCUCCAAGGUCUUUGGAUCAGAAGAUUGGGAUCAACCAGAAUCUAAAACCUUCGGAAGUGAUAGCAGAUCCUGAUGCAGAAACAUCAGAAGAUGUGCUGAUAAAGCAAUUCAUGAAGAAAGAUCUGGACAAGGUGUUGGACAGCCUUAAUCCAAGGGAGAAACAGGUAAUUAGAUGGAGGUUUGGAUUGGAGGAUGGAAGGAUGAAGACGUUACAAGAAAUCGGGGAGCUGAUGGGUGUGAGCAGAGAGAGAAUUCGGCAGAUCGAAUCCUGCGCUUUCAGAAAGCUGAAGAAUAAAAAGAGGACGAAGAGUUUAAAGCAGUAUUUGCUUUCAUAAGCAUCGUAGAAAUCCAGGAUUUUGUGCUGCAGAGAAGUAUAGAGAUUCAAGGCCUCUCUCCCUUUUGCAAGAAAAAGGAAAUUUGUCCCUUCCAUUCCUUCCCUUUUUGUAUUGCAACUUUAUUUAUUUCAGAAUCUGUGAGAUCAGUUGUGCAGAGAAACAGAGUCGUUGUCCGUCAAAGUACAGGUUCGAGAAUCAUGAGUCAUAAAUGCCCUGGUUCAUACCUUUGGAGCAUGCAUAAUGGAUCAUUUCAUUUCCUUCAA